GAGAAUUGCGGCCGAAAAUGUAGUGGUCAGUUGGGCAGUGCUGUCCAGCCACCACCAUUUCACCACAAAUUCCCUUCAACAUAUGAUUCUCUCAAAUCAUUACUUCUGUUCGGCCCAAUUUGGACACAGCAACGCGGAGCGCCUCACAGUGGUGAUUGGUUGUCCGGACCGGUAGGCUCAAAGUACGGGCUCUCAGAAAUGUCAGUAUUACCGCCAGAACUUGAUCUGUGCGAGGAUGCACGAUCCAGGUUCACGCACACCAAGGCGCUAUUUGAGCAGCUGGAGCGCGGUGGACAGUCACCACCGAUCUAUUAUUCACCGCGCCCAUCCAGACCACCGCCACCGCCGCUGCCACCGAAACCCAGCUUACAGUGCCCCUCGUCACCACUUUCACAGUGUUGUAAGUGGGAAGCGAAAUGA